AUGGCCGGUCCACAUUCAAGUCUGCCUCGUCACGACCUAUCAAGCACCAAAUCUGGGUCGUCGAUGACACAGGGGCUGGAACCCAGCAUUCAUUCAUCAGGCGGCGAUGUACCUAGGAUCACCGAGCAUGUCACGACAGUCAAAUUAGUCAAGAAAGGAAAACGCAUCGCUCCGUCCCCGAAAGUGAGACUGAGGAACAGCCUCCUGGGCACUUUGGGCUUGUUGGAGUUAGCCAACGCUGCAGACUUUGCCGCCAAUGUCUGGAACAAUGUACCUGUUCAGACCUACGUUAUCGUCUUGAUGGCUUGUGGAGGAACUCUCGCCCUUGUUCUCACCGUACCGGCUAUCAUCGAUGCUAGGCGCAGCUGGAAUAACAUAUGCUUCUUACGUGAGCACCGACGGCGGCUCAGAAACGAGAUGCGAGAGCGCCAGGGCGAUUCACUGCCUAUCUACGACAUAGAUGCAAUUCAAGGUGUUCUCCAUCGCGAGAUUGGCAGCGAAUGUAUCAACCGGUUUGGCAUGAAUGUUGUGAUGGGUGCGGGAGCCUUGAUUAUCGGUGUCGGUACUAUCAUGGCUAUUUGGGGCGCCAAUCACUCCAUUUGGCUUGCCAGUAAUAUUCUAUCGGGAUAUCUUGGGAACGCUCCCGUAGCUCUCUACGGCCUCGUCAACUCGGUCUGGUGUUUCCACCUUUUCACAAAGGCGCAAGAACAUAAGCGCGUGACAGCAGAGAAGCUCGAGGGACAACCUGUCUUGCAUCAACUGCACCGACGCUUUCUCAGCACCCAGAUUUACGCUGCUGCUAGUGGCUCGACUACGUUACUCGGGGGUGUAGGAGGAAUGAUGACCCCGACACUUUGGAUGGGCUAUGUGGUACUUAUUCCUGUCAUCAUUUCAUCUUUUGCCUGUAGCUUCUGGUGGAAGAAGCGGCUGGCGUAUAACCGGCCGUUUACCGGACGUACCUUUGGCCUAGAGGAGAGCUCCAUCAUCGUCGAAUUGGAGUGCCUUGCAGAAUUACAAGCGAAACUCGAAGCUGGAAAGGGCAUCGACCAUAUCGUCAAUGAUCCGCAUUGUUUGUUUUCACUCCUGGAUUACAUCACACGCAAUGACAUGUUUGAGGACUUUGUUAUCUCCCUGGCAGGAGACCAAACUAUCUCGGACGCCCUCUUCAGCUCGUCCCAAGGGCCACUUGAAAUUACAAACACAGCCUUGCUGGAAUUGCCACGGAAGCUACACCCAGCAGUUGUCGAUAGUGCACGGGCAUUCAUUAAUAACUACAGUUUUCAACGCUUGACGAAGCGAGAGAUGGACAAUGGUAUCCCUUCUUUGGAACUUCUCCUCGCUAAUCGGCAUUGA